AAUGAUUUUGUACACUUACCAUGAUAACAAAUACACCGUUACACAAUCACAUUAUUGUAUAAUAUUCUGAAUUUACAGCAAUUCCACAGCCACCAAUAUUAACAGGACCAACAACGGUAACAUCUGGUAUCCAAGAAACGUGGAUAUGUAUAUCCAUGGGAGGCAACCCAGAACAAAAGAUGUCUAUGAGAAUAGGAAACACUAUAUUGCCUAACGAGUUGACAACCAGCUCGGAGUAUGAUGAAAAUUCAAAGACAUAUAAAGUCACAGGUACUCUUGUAUGGAGUCCAAUAACCAGCAAUAACGGACAGAUAGUUUACUGUGAUGUGACGCAUGAAACAUUAGGGAACAACCCGCAAACCGCCAGCUUACCUUUAACAGUUAAAACGACACCAGAGACACCUAUAUUGACUGGUCCUACGACGAUGCUUUCUGGUACUUCAAAUACCUGGACAUGUCUGUCCCUAGGUGGAAAUCCUAAACAAACCAUGAGUAUGAGGAUUGGCACAACAAUUCUGAAUAGCCAAGUUACGGUCAGCUCCGAAUAUAAUGAAAAUUCCAAACUAAACAGAGUCACUGGUACACUUGUAUGGAGUCCAGAAUCUAAACAUAACGGAGAAACCCUGUCAUGUGAUGUUUUCCAUCCUGACACAUUAGGUCAAAGUCCACAGACAGUCAGCUUAACAUUAACAGUAAAGUCGACACCCACGAAGCCAACUCUCACAGGUCCAACUAAAAUAACGUCGGGAGUACCAAGAUCAUGGACUUGUACGUCACAUGGCGCUUUUCCAGAGCAAUCAAUGAAUAUCAGGAUCGGUAAUUCUGUGUUCAGUAAUGAAGUUACAGUUAACUCAGUUUAUGAUGAUAACAGUAAGACAUAUGCAUUGACUGGUACCCUGUUGUGGACUCCUACUACCAGUAGUAACGGGGAAGUGCUUUAUUGUGAUGUAUUCCAUCCAGAAACAUUGGGCAGCAACAACCCACAAACAGCUAGUUUAUCACUCACUAUUAAAGAUCCGCUGGCGAUUAUAGCACCUAAAACAUUUUACGACCCUUUCACUGAAGACGCAAUAAUUUUAGAUUGUGUAAUAACGUCCGGAGUUCCAACAGAAAUAAAAUGGUACAGAAACAGUGAGCGGAUUUUUUUGUCUGUUGAUCCUAGAUUAUCGGGUGGUAAUACAGAUAAUCCAGCUUUAACGAUAUCUGAGAUCGAGAUGGAGGACGGAGGAAGUUAUGUCUGUGAAGCAACCAAUGAAUUCUCUACAGUGGACACCAAUACUAUAUCACUGUCCCCAGUUGAAAAACCUGCUACAGAACAUUACAUCAUAACAAAGAUUCUCGAUGGGUACAACAAACUUGUACGUCCGACAGAUCCAGCUGUUAAUGUUACGCAUUUCCUUAUUCCGAGAGAAGUUAUACAUUUUGAAAAUAGAAAGCUCGUACUUGAGUCAAUGCAGUGUAUGAGUUGGAAUGACCCUAGACUGUCCUGGAAUAGAGGUCAGAACAGAGUUAGCCUUCCAUCAUCAGAAAUCUGGAUCCCUGACGUUGUAUUGUUAGGACAAAAAUAUGAACCUGAUUUUGAGACAAAAGUCAUUGUAACACUCAGCGGUAACGUUGUAUAUUGUCCCCAGGGACAGAUCACAUCUACGACCUGUCAAGAAAAAUCAGGAGAGGUUUAUGAAUGUGACUUCCGGUUCCUGUCGUGGUCAUACGAUAAAGUGAUGUUAGACAUAAGGUUACCAGCAUCAAAAUCUGUUGAUUCACACAUUGACAUGUCGGUCUUUAUAGAACAUGAAACAUAUGAAGUUGUUAGCAGAUGUGCAACAAGAGAGGAAAUGACAUAUCCUUGCCGAGAAGGAACUUACCCAGAACUUAAAUAUAGCUUUGUGUUGAGUCGUCGAAGAACAUUUUGCAGAGACUAUAAUCAAAGUCCUACUUGUAAUUAAGAACCGAACUUUAAUACAAAAAAGACAUACUUUUCAGCUAUUAUAGUUGACACGAGCCAACGAGAAAGCGUAUAGAAAUAUCUAUGUUAAAUGGUGCCAAGUCAGAGAUAUUUACUUUAUGGAUACUAACUUGGAUUUGGUAGCGUCAACUAUGUGAAUGUACUUUUAUUUAUAUAUUAACUGUCUACAAUUAAUAGAGUUUAAAUUCGUGAUUUUAGACUCAGAAACACGUAGUUUCAUGGAAAAUAAUAAUUUUGUUCUUAUUUAGAUCACGUUUGUAUAAAGCGUUUCAGUCACUAAGAUUGAACACCAUACUUUCAUAUUGAACUUCGAUAAAUUACAAAUUUUAAAAUCUUUAUCAGAAAGCGUAUUUUAGUAUUAUAUUGUUUCAGUGCUUAACUUAUUUCUCUAAUUUUUGGUAUAUAUUCUUUAAAAUUUUAUCCCUCAACAAACCUUCUUACGGGUUCUUAUGAUGUAUGUGAACCAUAUUCUCCCUUCUCGAGCUGUAUGGACAGAUUUAUGUACGUAACUUGUUACACAUGUAUUAAAAAACAAAGCAUAUAUGUUUUUCAUAAUCUAUCUUAUUAUUUACUUCAUAUAAUGUUUCAUAAAUAGUAUACAUGUACCAUGAUUUGUUUUUCAUUCUAUUAUAAUGCUUUGAUAUUGAUCACCCUUGCUAUUUAUUAUUAAACAUUUAUAACAUGU